AUGGAAUCGGACGACUCCGGGAUAAUGGCAGCUCCGCCGUGGAAAAAGCGAAUCCCGGUAUUACUUGCUGCCUACACCUUAAAGCCUGCAGCAAUUGCCGACAGUCUAAGAAGAUUAGAGUCUGUAGAAGGUGAAAUACAGAACUUAAAUGAUCAGCUCAAGGAGAUACGCGAGGUUCUACAAUCGCAAAAAUCACAAAUCUCUCAUGAAAGUAUUCAGAUCUCAUCCCCUUCCCAGCUUGCACCUACUUCUGCAGCGAUGACUGCUUUUGAUACAGCGACAGACUCUGGAGCAAUACAAUACAGUCAUCAAUAUAGAGCACCGCAAGUCCAGAGAGAGACACCCCUUCAGAGUCCCCUACAAGCAGCGAACUUGGAGACAACUCGUCCCCCCAAACGAAGACGCUCUGGGUUUGAAGUCAGAAACGAGCCGGUCUUGGAUUUCAUCAGCAAAGGUCUCAUAACGGUUGAUUAUGCGGUGUCUUGUUUUAAGACAUAUAUCCCAAUAUUUGACCCGGAAUAUGACACAUUCACCUCGGUGCGCUCUCGAAGCAGCAUUCUCCUGAACGCGAUAUGCACCAUUGGCAGCCGUGUUGAGAGAUCUGGUUCGCAAAUGUCCGAUUUACUGCACGCAGAGUUGAAGCGGUGGAUCAACGUUAUCAUCCAGAAUGAAAAGAUGAGCUGUCUAGAGUCGGCGCAGGCCUUGCUAGUCGUCGCCUGCUACUCCGCCGAGCGUGCUCUGCUUCUAUCGUUUGCAACCCGGAUGGCGCUGGACCUGGGACUAAAUGAAGCUUUUGAAGAGCUAACUCACAAGUUGACUAUGAAGGAGGUCGAGGAGACACUCGAUGUGCCGGGACUGAGGGAAGAAGAGCGUAUUCUUAUGGGAAAAUCCAGAACGUGGUUCGGGCUUUUGGUCCUGGAACAUAUAUUCCGUGUGGAUGGUGGCAAACCCCCUGGGAUCCGAAUGACCGGAAACGCUCGUAGAUGUCGUAUGCUGCUUCGUCAUCCUUCGUCCACGGUCCUGGACCUGCGUCUGUUUUCUCAAGUGGAGUUGAACGUAAUCAGAGUCAGCAUCAACGAUACUCUCGGUGCAAGCCAGACCCUGAACCGGACAGAUAUAGCAGACUUCGUGCAUGAUGCCAAGGGGGAUAUCGACAUCUGGUUCGAUGACUGGUUGCGAAUUAUUGAGAACAAAACCGCCGUCGACCAAGAAAAACCAUACCUACUCGCCGCACUACGAGUCCAGAAAUGCUGGUCCGAAAUGAUGCUCCACUGCAAAGCCCUCCGCUCUAUAGGCGUUGAGAACGUUGCGACCAUGUCCCCCGUCGAACGCAACAUCUUACUCAUGGCCAAAGCCAGCGCGCGCAAACACCUACGCCUCAUCAGCGCCGAACCAGACUUCUACCUCGCGAAGCUGAAAUACGCCAUGGAUUUCGUCUGGGCUAAAUGCGCAUUCUGCUUCCUUCUCCUCCUCAAGCUCUCGCGGCUCCUGCCGGAACGUAAAGAGGAGCACCAGGAGCUGCUGGACCACGGCACCAGUCUCCUGGACGAACUGGCCCAGUCCGGGUCAAAUAGCGAUACCACCGGGAACGGGAAUGUCUAUCUGCAUAUCUUGCGGCUGAGUAUUGAGAAGUAUGGGAGGACGGUGCAGGAGAAUGAGAAGGGGGUAGUGGGGGACCGGGCGGCGUCGGAGGCGACGCCGUUCUGGGAGCUAUUUGAUGCCCAGGCGGAUUUGCAGUCGUUUGUGCCGGAGCAGUUUGUGACAGAGUGGGAUUUUCCGGGGUUGAAUUUGUUUUAUUUUCCGACUGCGUGGCAGGAUUUCUUUGGGGAUUUUUCGUUGGCGGUGUGA